GUUUAUUAUUAAAAAAAAAAACACAAAAUAACGUUACAAAAGAAAAUAUGAAAUUCUUACUAGUAAAAAAUAUAUUUAUAAGUUUUGGAGCUUUCAUCGUCAUUGUCAUCCUCUGCAUCAGUUUCUGCUAACUCAUUUUAAUUUAAAGAAUUCAUCGUGAAACCUGGCAGGUAUGACAUUGUUUUUG